ACAUACAUAUAUACCCAUAUAUAUAUACAUGUGUGUGUAUAUAUAUAUACGGCGGGCGUGAUGCCAAUUAUCAAAAUUCAGCAUCCUAAAGCAACACUGAAUCAGAGCUCAAAAGCGAUAAUCUCCUCCCAAUCAAGUCUCCAUCAUCAUCAUCAUCAACAACAAUCCAAUCGAUAAGGUCAAUUGGAGGUCAUCGAUGAUGGCAGGUUUACAGAGAUCCGCAGUCUCCUUCAGGAGGCAAGGCUCCUCGGGGAUAGUAUGGGACGACAAGUUCCUCUCCGGCGAGCUCAAUCAGCUCGCCGACCAGAACAAAGAGGACCGUAACACUAACACCAAGUCUCAACUGCAGAACAGAGAAGAAGAUUCAGGCAGGAAUUCGCCGCCGCCCGACGGAUUGACCAUCGAGAGGAGCCGAUCCAACGGCGGACGGAAUUUCCGUACCGGAAGAGUGUCGCCGGCGAUCGAGCCUCCGUCUCCGAAGGUUUCAGCAUGCGGAUUUUGCAGCGCCUUCGGGAAAAGUAAAAAAACACACCGCCGGCCGCAACCAACCGGUGCUAAGCGCGCGGUGUGAGAGAUAAGUUGGAAGGAGGUAGGGAUUCGGUACAUCAAGGUGCACGCUCGCAGCUACAUACAUAUAUAUAUAUAUAUUUAUGCAUGUUGUUCAUGUUCGUUAGUUAAGUUGUAGGUUUUUGAAUGGAUCAACAAAUUGAAGCAUCAAACCUCUGCUGUGAAUUUUAAAUUUUCUUCUAAUCCUAGAUUUCAAGG